GAAGGGACAUUUCGUGGUUGUCUGACAGCCGCCGAACCUGUAAAAAAUUUGUCUCUGUGUAACUGGGGAUACCGUCCACCCUGGCUCGCCACUUGGGUAUGCCACUGAGCUAACAUUCAACCCUCUCCCACAGUUUGUGCACCUCUCUCCGUGUCAACACUCAUCGUCUGACGAGCGGACUGUAACGGCUGUUUCUUCUUCUUGCCUACCCCGGGUAGCGCUAAGGACUUGCUACACUCACACCCAGAACGAACCACAGGGGACAUCAAGUGGACUGAUAUGAGUAUUCGGGGUACUUUGGCCUUCAAGUAACGCAUGUUCUUUCCACGACAACGACUCGCGGUAUCUGGUGAAUGAUUUACAGCUGUUACUUUUUUUUCUGUAAUUUGUGACAAUGGCGAUAUGCAAAUAGAGAGGCGGCUGCAGAUUAUAGCGUCGUAAGUGUCCUUAACAUGCCUUUUUAUGAGACAAACAAAACAGCCCAGAUCAGACAAGCAAGACCUCACACAGAUAACAUGCCAUAAAAAAAACAAAAAACAAAAAACAAAACGAAACACCUGUUCUCGAAGUUUUUGUGCGCUAUGUGGCGAGUGGUCUCCGGUAAACUUCCACCCCUAUCCCUGGCGACAUAGUCCUCCACAUUUAAAAAAAUUCUUAUUUCCUGUCGGUAAUCACAUAGUCAUUAGCUUCCAAGCGAACUCCACUGAGUGAACACGUUAAAUGCUUCUUGUGGAGCCUCGCAAGAUUCGUUUCAAGCAAAAUAUUCAAAGAACCAACGGUUAUAUUAGGUUAAUUGCCUAGUUGAAUGCGAGGUCGUCGUUUGGCCUUCCUGUUUACCUGCCAAACCUGGUCUGAAGUCACCGGUCUUACAUGGAAAGUCGGCCGUUCAGACUAAACUGUCUCCGAAGUUGACCUGCAUUUGAGAUCGAGUUCAAGAUUUCCCAUGCAUGCCGGCCCAGGCUAAUUUGUGUCCACUUAGUACAGGUAUUGUCUGUAAGAGAGAUAAAACACGGCAAUGUGUGUUUAUGAAAGGAUCAAGCAACAUUUUUGGAUUUCUACGCCUGAAAAUCAGGUGUUUCAGCCUCUCAAGGGUCAGUGUCAGGUUAUCCAAACACCAGGGGACACUAUAGACCACCAAUAUUGAAUAGUCAACACCAGGGGCCACCAAGGACCACCAGAGUCCAAUAUCACACACAAAAGUUCACUCAGUGAUUGCUCAGGUUGUUGUAGGAUAACUGGAUUUCCCUUCAGCACCAGGUUACUGUGAACAGCCUGCUACUUCUGUGCACUAAAGAAUAGUUUUCCCCUAACAUGAUAGCUGAUGAUCCUCAGUAUUUUGCGAUACUACAACGUUUUAUGACCCUAACUGGUUGCUCGAAAGGUUUAUGACUGGCAUUUAGAAACCUUUCAAUGUUGAAACUAGCAGCUGUCACCAUUCACAACUUCAAGAACUCGCCGCCUGCACUCUGUGAAGUCUAACGGCUGUUACUUGGGCACAACCGUACCUUGACCGUGUAACUUCAAGACAUAUCAACAGGCUGGCUCAGUGUAAUGAUCAACAUCGUCACACAACGGUGUGGGACUUGGGACCUACCGCAGGCAAAACCGACAGAAGAGUGAUUGAGAGCUCUUCGGAUGGGGCACAAAAAAGCCUUGGUGGUCUACCUUGUCCUGUGCUGUGCGACGGUUCUCACCAUACUGCUGUCAGUCUGGACCACUACUGGAAUGUUUUUCACAGUCCAUCGCUCCGAGGAGCAAACGAUAAACCCUGUCGGUGACCCUUUCGUGUGCCUUCCAGUGCGCAGGCAUCCAUGGCACGGGAAAGUGCAGCCCGAGGUUCCCGGCUUGUUCAUCAACUCAACCGUCUACUCGUCCUGGACAAAAGAAGGAAACGCAAUGGACGUGGUUGGCCAUCUGCACAGCAAGAUGUGUCCAGAAUCAUCUGCCCUGCCCAAGGUUCCGCUAACUUUUCCGGACAUCUUGCUGAUAGUUGAUUUCAACUCGCCAAAUUUGUACCGAGUUAUACCCUACCUGGAGCUUCUCUAUAGGCGGCACUUCGCCGACAUCCUGUACUGCGGAGACGAUCCGGAGACUCUCAAAGACAUCAUUGUCCAGAAGAACAUCACUUUUCCCGUGUAUUUUCUCUACAUCCCCGACUACGCCUGGCAGAUGAAGUACCGGUGUCUGGAGUACGCCAUGAAGAUGUGCGGCGACUACAAGGGCUACCUCCUGAUCGGCGACGACACGCUGGUCAACGUCAAGACCCUGAAGGCUCUCGGCAAGGACAGGGUCCUGGUAGGCAAGGAUUUCUUGCGCUGGGUCGUCAACACCACGCAUUUCAAUGAAGACUGGAUGUGGUGGGAGCUGGAAGGCGGAAGAAACGCCAUGCUGGGCGUGCUGAACGAGCUGGUGUACCGGGCGCUGCACGAGCAUGACGUCUUCGCGAAGCAGUUUUUGCACCGCUACUACACCUUCGUCAACUCCAGCACCAUCUUCUACCGCGUGGCCACAGACUUCGUGUACGUGCCCACCAGGCUGGCCCCCUUCUUUCUCUACAUGACGUCACUGUUCCGGAAGUAUGGGACCAACAUCGAACUGGCCAUGCCCUUCUUCGCGUGCGGCCUCGCGCAUCCAAAAGACGUCAUCCUGGCCAAGGUGCAGGAUCUGUGGGGCAACAGGGACAAGGCUGUGCAGUUGUUCACAUCAGACAUCUUGUACCUGCAUCCUUUUAAGUAUGGUACAGAUUUUAAGACACCUGCGGGGCAAGAGUUUAUAUGUGAGACUUACCUGCGUGACGCGUCAUUGUGAAAAAAGCAAACGUGAGUGUUAAGGCAUGUGUGAAGUGUUGCUGGUCAAGGUGCCCAGAAAUUCCAGUAUGUCUGCAACUCUUAAUCAUUGGUGUUAAAGUCAACGUAUCUUCCAUUUGUGUGCAGCAAAAAAUCAUGCGAACCCCUUCAUUUUUUACUAGUUGUGAUGGAAUUUAUUUCAAAUGAAGUUUUUCUCUAAGGUUAUGUGUAACUGUAUGGUUUGUCUACCUCCAUAGAUAUUAGGUUUACUAAAUUUGGUUUUCUGUAGGUUAUAACGAUGUUGCUGUAUUGUUUUUGAAUGUUACCUAAGACAAUUCAAUCUCGUGCAACGGGUGAGGUCAUCCUGGCCAAGGUGCAAGAUCUGUGCGUGUGUGUUAAGGGGAGGCAACAGGGGCAAGGCUGUGCAGUUGUCCACGUCAGACAUCCUGUACCUGCAACCUUUUAAAUAUAGCUCAGAUUUGAAGACACCUGUAGGGUAGACAUUUAUAUAUAAGAUUUACCUGCGUGACGUAAGUGUGAGUAGAGCAAUCGUUGAGCGUCAGUCAAGUGUACUGCUAGUCGAGGUGCACAUUAUUCCGGCAAUGUUGGCAACACUACAUAAUUGCCGUACAAAUCAGCACCCAUCCAUUCUUAGGGAAAACCACAGGGGCUCCUGUAGAUGACUUUUAUAUCUACUUUUUAAAAAUGUGUCACGUAAUCCUUUUAUUUGAAUACUUAUUUUUCCCUCUGCGUUUUUUCUCUAAGGUUGUAUGGUAAGUAUGUAAUUUAUUUAUUUCCGGUAAAUUGAGGUUUUGCAAUUUGAGGUAGAUAGCAGACUUAUACAAUACAGGGUGUCAGUGUGCUGUUUUAGGAGCUGUCUGAAACAGCUUAAUUUUAUGAAACAUUGAAGAUAAUGUGUACACAUCACGGAUUAAAAUUAUGAUUGUUUAAUAAAUUGUUUUUUGAAUAUAUUUUCAUAACCUAUUUUCUAUGUAUUAACACCAUGUAAUAACGUGAGGCAAAUGUAGACCUAUUUGUGCUCGGUGAUGUUUUAGCAGCUGUGUUUGAAAACUAGUUUCAUUUAAUUUUAUAUUAAAUAGAGAUGCUGUAUAUAUCUUGCACAGUCAUACUCGUGUAGAGGCGUUCGGCGAAUGCAUGAGAUAUAAAGAAGAGGUUGGAAAAAUAGAAGGAUUUUCCAUUAUAUCGACGAAACACUUAAGAUGUGAGAUAAUACAUUAGAGAUAACAGGUAAAAAAUAACGUUUGCAUGGGUUCAAAUGUUUCAGUAACAGCUGCUCGUUCGCAAAUAUAUCUACCUUACAGAAAAAUUCAGAUCUUAUCAGCCUUUGAUAUUUAUAUAUCUCCUCUAUAACCUUCUAUAAUAUAUACAGGUUCAUCGACAUAUAGGUUUACAUGACCUAUACACGCAGGUUUUUGCAGUCACUCGUUCGGCACGUGCGCCCCGCCCUGUUCGUAACGUGGUGACGUAUCCACACAACUCGCACCAACCCACAUACACUGUGUCACCUGACCGUGAUAGACUUCAACGUCGUUUAAUGAGGUAAAUAGUACCUUCAACUGUUUUAGGAGUCCAAAUAACAAAAUGGGAAGCAAAGGGACAUAACCAGGAGACUGAGUGGCGCAAAGUUUCAGAUAAAAGUUGAGGCCCUGAGAUCUGAGGUCAACUGAGUGCAAAACAGGUGAAGGUAGCGGCGAUGUUCAGGAGUGUGAAUGUGAUAUGAUUGACAUUUUUGACAUAUAUAUUUUUGACAUUAUAACGGAGCACUCUAUCGCAAACACGUGGCAGAGUUGACUAAUACAUGCUAGGAACUUUCUUAAACUUUAUUAAUGUCAAAAAGUGUCACAUAACAACAGAGACAUAGAUGGGAUAUGCUAUUUUAAACGAAAUUGCUGAUAUAACUUUUGACAGUUGCAGAGUAAUCUAAGUAAGGAACAAAACUCCAGUUUUUAUUAUCAUCAUCAUCAUCAUCAUCAUCAUUUUUUAAUUUUAAAAUUAAUCUGAUUUCAGGAACACUUCUAUCGAUCCAUCCAGCCCUCCUCCCAACACACACGCACUCAUUCUUUCUCUCUCUCACACGGAGGUAACUUACGUCGUGUGACAGUGUCAGUGUUUGCAUGGGUGUGUAUAAUUAUGUUGAAAAAACAAAUUUAAUUAAUUACCAUGAUAAAUACUGUAAAAUUAAAUGUUCUGUGAAAAACCCGACACUUAGAAUACAUUUUUUUCUAAUUUGGAGAGCUGGAUGUGCAAUAGUUGUAAGUAUAAUUACUUCACCAUAUUUGUGAUAUUAUAGGCCAUAUAUAUAUAUCCUUGAUUUUUGAAGCUAAUUAUGCAGACAUUAAUGUUGACAUUUUAUCAACCUAUUAACCAUUGAAGCCAUAUGCUGCACUGGGGAUGAUUAGAAAGAAGAAAAAGAAUUAACCAUUGAAAGGCCAGUUCACGUGUCUGAAAAUAAAUUGUCACACAACUCAAAAAGUUUGUGACCAACUUGC